GUGCUCUGUUACCAUGGCUGCUCGGGCGCUCAGUGAAAACCAAGGUCGGGGGCUCGGGACCUCCGUAAAAAGGAGCUACUGAUAAUAACUAACCAGGGGAUUCAGUUAAGUAUACUUAGGUGUUCUUCCCAAUUUCAAGAAGAAAAAAAGUGUUCUUGCCACUCUCGCUCUGCUCGGACGCGCGCCGCCAUGGACAGUUCCUCCCUGCUCUUCCCUCGCUUCCAAUCUCGUCGCGUUAAUCACCUUCCAGUUCCACCAACGCGAGAAAUCUCAUUUUUCCAGACACAGAAUUCCAGUUCUCUAGUUUCGAUGCGAAUUACCCAGCGCCAUCCCUUCCCCAGUUCUCCAGCCUCGUCAGAGUAGCCGAUGGAGAUAGAUCUGAACCGGGACGCCCGCGACGGCGACGCGGAGAGGGUCGCCGCCCCGCAGAGUAACCGCGCCGUCGGAGUGGAGGUCGUCGCCCAGGAGGGCAACGGCGAUGGUGGCAUGGUGGCCGCUGCGGAGGGCGUCGGCGCUGCCCCGGAGACGGUCGGCGUCGGCGCCUCGGAGGGCGUCGCCCCGGAGAAGAACGGCGUCGGCUCCGGUGGCGAGAAGGAGGUCGCCUCGGAGGGGAGCGGCGCCGGCGCCGAGGUGGGCGCUGCCGUCGAGACGAACGGCGUCGCAGUUGACGUCUGGAUCUGCCACCAGUGCCGUCAGAGAAAAACAGGGCUCACGGCAGCUUGCAGAGGGUCCAAGAAGAACGGCAAGUGCACUCUCAGAUAUUGCAAGAAUUGCAUACGUAACAGGUACCCUUUGAUUGCGGAUGAGGUGUUGAAGGAGGAAGCCUGGGAAUGCCCCAAGUGCAGGAAUGACUGCAACUGCAGCAAGUGCAAAAAGAGGAGAGGGGAGGAGCCAGCAGGACCAAUGGUCCAUUCUGUCAAGAGACCGAAGGGCGACCUGCGGAGAAUUGAGAGCACCGAUGCUCUCAAGGAUGAAAUAGUCAUACCCAGAGGUACUCUUGUCAAGAGACCGAAGGGCAACCUGCGGAGAAUUGAGAGCACCGAUGCUCUCAAGGAUGAAAUAGUCAUACCCAGAGGUACUCUUGUCAAGAGACCGAAGGGCAACCUGCGGAGAAUUGAGAGCACCGAUGCUCUCAAGGAUGAAAUAGUCAUACCCAGAGGUACUCUUGUCAAGAGACCGAAGGGCAACCUGCGGAGAAUUGAGAGCACCGAUGCUCUCAAGGAUGAAAUAGUCAUACCCAGAGGUACUCUUGUCAAGAGACCGAAGGGCAACCUGCGGAGAAUUGAGAGCACCGAUGCUCUCAAGGAUGAAAUAGUCAUACCCAGAGGUACUCUUGUCAAGAGACCGAAGGGCAACCUGCGGAGAAUUGAGAGCACCGAUGCUCUCAAGGAUGAAAUAGUCAUACCCAGAGGUACUCUUGUCAAGAGACCGAAGGGCAACCUGCGGAGAAUUGAGAGCACCGAUGCUCUCAAGGAUGAAAUAGUCAUACCCAGAGGUACUCUUGUCAAGAGACCGAAGGGCAACCUGCGGAGAAUUGAGAGCACCGAUGCUCUCAAGGAUGAAAUAGUCAUACCCAGAGGUACUCUUGUCAAGAGACCGAAGGGCAACCUGCGGAGAAUUGAGAGCACCGAUGCUCUCAAGGAUGAAAUAGUCAUACCCAGAGGUACUCUUGUGACUUGCGUUGCUGGUGUAGAGAUGCAGCCUGAAGAUGUUGGUGCCGCCAUUCAAUUUUUGGAGUUUUGUCGCUCAUUUGGCGAGAUCUUCCAAAUAAGGAAGGGCCAAUCAGAAAAAAUUGUCAAAGACAUAACUGGAGAUCGUCAACUCCGAGAGGUGUCUUCAGUUGUUGCUGAGCUUCACACAAACCUGUUAUCUGUCAUAGAAAAUGGCAAUUACAAGCCUUUGAAAUAUCCAAAACAUGGGGAUACAUGGAUAAGAAAACUCAGCAAAUAUAUCACUGACUCGACAUUACAUGCAAAAGAUUUCAUCCUUGACUGCUUAAGCCAUGGGCUAUCUGGAUAUAAAAAUUUGAGCCCUUCUCAUAAGCUGGAUGUGCUGAAUUCUCUGUGUGACGAGGCAUUAUCAUCUGAAAAGUUGAGGACUAGGAUUGAAGCUAGAGAGGGUGUGGCCAGACAAAAGAUCCGUGCUGCAACCGAGAAGGAAAAGGAGCUAAAAGAAAGACAGAAUGACAUGGCUAAAACAAUGGGAGGAGAAAUCACUGGCAAUGAAGAAGCUAAUAAUAUCUUUUGUCAAAUAAAAGAGGCAAAAGAAGUCAAGCAGGCAGCCAUGAAGGAAUUAGAGGAACUGGGAUGUGUCCUUAGGUCCACGCCUGUCAUGGUAGACAAAGGAGUAGCAUACUGGAAGCUGGAUGGCUAUUGUAAUAACAAUACAAACAUAUUGCGCCAAGAAUUUGACAAAGAAGCUACAAUGAAGAACCAAGACAAGUGGUUCAUGUUCAGUGAAGAUGAACAGAAAGUAGUUGAAAAUCAUGUAACUACAAGGUCCCAGCGCCCAUGGAGAAAGGAUAACCGGGUGUGAUGAUUUACAGAUCCCAAUCUCCUGCUGUUUUAACUGCUUGAUGGUGAAUGAACUACCCCAGAUGACAGUUGCUACAGAACAACCAACAUUUCUCGAAGAUUGGGUCAUAGCAUUUGAAUACAAAUCUUGUGGCAUCUUUUUUCUCCCCUAUGGGAACACAGCAAGACUUAGUAGCACCUUCUGAUGUAUUUUUUGGGGAUGUUUUGAAAAUGAGAGAAAGCUAGAGCAUGCAGCUUUGCUGAAAUUUAUUGUUAGCAUUUGAAUGUC